UCUGAGGGUGAGUGUGAGGCAGACAUGCUGCUGGUGGUCGUCAGUUUUCUGUUGGUUCACACAGCUGGAAGCUGGAAUCAGGCCCGGAAUCAGCUGAACGUGACGUUAAAUGAAACCCUGCAGGAGAACUCGCUGUUCUCCGGACGCUUCGGCUUCAGAGACCUGGCCGGGGUGCGUUCCUUCGUCCCAGAGCAGGAGAUGGAGACUCGGAUCAUCGGCGGUCAGGAGGCCUGGGCUCAUUCGUGGCCAUGGCAGGUUUCUCUUCAGCUCGACUCCAUGCCGGCCUGCGGGGGCGCCAUCAUCAGCCCGCUGUGGGUCACUUCUGCUGCCCACUGCUUCAUAAGACACACUAAAGCAUCUUUGUGGACGGUUCUGGCCGGAAAACACGACCUGGAUAAUCCCGAAGAACCUCAGCAGCAGCUGGUCGGUGUCUCCAUGAUCCUCACCCAUCACAGCUACAACACUCAGUCUAAAGAGAGCGACGUUGCUCUGCUGAAGCUGGAGAAGCCACUGGAGUUCAACCAUUUUGUCAGACCCAUCGAUAUCUGGAUGACACCACUGCCUCUGCUCAUGAAGUGCACCAUCACCGGCUGGGGCUCCACUCGAGAGAAUGGUCCUCGAGUCAACAGGCUGCAGGAAGUGAACGUGACCAUCCUUCCCUCAGAUGACUGUAAUCAGUACUACCUUGGCAGGAUCAGGCCCUCCAUGUUUUGUGCUGGGAAGGAUGAAGGAGGAGUGGAUGCCUGUCAGGGGGACUCUGGAGGUCCUCUUUCCUGCUUCACUGGCACCAGGUAUGAGCUGGCAGGUUUGGUGAGUUGGGGAGUCGGUUGUGGUCGAGCCAAAAGACCUGGAGUGUACACCAGAGUCCAGGAGCACGCUCAGUGGAUGUCUGACACCAUGGAUAAUCAGGCUAAAGUGUAUGAAGAUGACCUCACAGUUGAUGAGGACUGCGGCAAGCAGCAGAGCUCUGGCUGUGAUCAGACUCCAGGCCUCGCUGGGCUCUCGCUGUCCGCAGACGGUGUGCUGUCUGUGGUGAAUGUCACAGAGUCCUGCCCCUUCUUCUGGCCCUGGCAGGUCAGCCUGCAGUUUAAUGGUCGCCACUACUGCAGCGGCGCUCUGAUCCACCCCCACUGGGUCAUCACUGCCAAACACUGUGGUGUCAGAGCUAAAGAGGAUGUAGCAGUUUUGGGGCUUCAUGACAUGAAGUUCUUGCCAGUUCAAACCAUCCUCAUAGACAAAGUCUUUAACCCGCCGCAGAAAGCCGGCUUCCCCCCAAAGUCUGACCUGGCACUGCUUCACCUGAGUGUUGCCGCCAGACUAGGCUCUGAGGUGUCUCCAGUUUGUGUCCCUGAAGAGGAUAACAGCCUGGAUGACACCUGGUCUUGCAUUACAGCAGGCUGGGGAGCAACUAAAGCAAAAGAUGGUGUCGAUCCAGACCGGCUGCACCACGCCGGUCUGACGCUGGUCAAUGAGAGUACCUGCAGACAUAAGUGGGGAGGAUUCAUCACUGACACUCACAUCUGUUCACAUCCUGCAGGAUCCACGUCCUGCAUGGGUGAUUCUGGGGCUCCGCUAUUCUGUCAGAAACAUGGUACCUACUUCCUGUUUGGUGUGGUCACAUGGGGCAGCUGGCAUUGUGACUCAGAGAAACCAGCCAUCUUUACCAGUGUGUCAGAUUAUCAGUCAUGGAUCAAUAAGAUGAUCAUCAAAUUCUGACUGACAAACUCAUUGAUCAUGUUGGUUUUACUCUUCAAUAAAUUUAGUCCUGACUGCA